AUGUGGAGGAAGUUCGCUUUCAGUCAGGACGUUAUUAGAAACAGCUGGAGAACAAUGGUGUGGAAGCUGCAGAAGAUACUGAGACUAAGUCCAUGUUGGCCAAUGUUGUCUCGUUGCUAUAAUUAUUUCCCUAACUACUUGUCAGACCGGGAUUGGGCAAGGCUUCUUCAGUGUGAAACCCAGAAAGAGCGUUUCAACCACGUAAAGUUUUGCCGUCAGAAAGAAAUAAGGAGAUUGAAGUGUGAAGCGAAAAAAAAAGUCCGUUUUGAUGAGGUCAAGAUGUCGACACGAGCAUCGAGAUUCGCUAUGUUUAUUGGUACUACUCAGCAGGAUCGUAUCAAUAAUCAACAACGUCUGAUGAAUUGCAUUCAUAAUUUUCAAAUGGAUUCUACUCCCGCAUUGAUUGUUGAUUGCCGCUUUUUAAGUCAGCUUUCACAACAAGCUCUUUCACAAACGCUACUUCAACUGUCAUACUUGGCUAGUGAGAAUCGAGAUCGAAAACGUUCAUGGCCUCUUUAUUUUUUUAAUUUCGAUUUUGACAACAAAUGUAUUCUGGAAGCGCGAGAUAGAUACUUAUCAAUAGUCAAAUCAUCGAAGAAUACUUUUUUGACGAUCUCAUCAUCAAGCUAUCUCAAUCAGUUCUCGCCUAAACAAAUUAUAUAUCUAAGUCCACAUGCUACAUUAGAUUUGGAAAAAGUAGAUGGAACAAAAGCGUAUGUUAUAGGUGGUAUAGUGGAUAGAGUUGCGCAACACAAGCUAGAUCCCCAUGCAAGUCUACUAGCUGCGAUCGAAGAUGGAGUCGAAGCUCGUCGACUUCCACUAGAUAAAUACAUCAAGUGGAAAUCGGGUUCAAAAAGUAUGACUUUGCUUGCAGUUACUUCAAUUUUAUAUAGUGUAUAUGAAACAGACGGUGAUUGGGAGGCAGCUUUUAAGAAGUAUGUGCCUACGCGAAAUCUUAGAGGGCCAGAAGAGAAAAAUAAAUACAGUCAACGAUUACAUGCAUGCAUACACGAUUACGAGAGACGUGUUUUAGUGGAACUUAAUCAAAGAUUAAAUGAUAUUUGA